AUCAGAGCCAUCAUUCGAUCAAACAAUUGAAUGAAACGCAGCAUUCAUCAUAUACCAUAAAAAAAAAUGUCCGAUAAAACUCCUCAAACGGGCAGUUCCAUAAACACAGAGGAAUCUGACCCGAAAAAUCAGCCGAUCAAUCUUGCACAAAUUCUGGAAAUUCUUCAAAAUUUUCAGAAUUUGAUACCCAAGGCCGAACCUAUCGAGAGCUCUUCCAAUCAGCCAUUAAAUAUGGCAGAAAAGCUCAACGAUAGGAACUACGCCAUUUGGGCACGCAAAAUGAGUCUGGCGUUGGAUGGGAGAGGGCGGCUCAAGCACAUCACUGCCACACCUCUCAAAUCUGGUGACCCCAAAUUUAUCAAAUGGAGACAAGCAGACUCAACGGUUAUAACAUGGAUUCUAGAAAACAUAGAAUCGGAUAUCGUCAAUCAAUACAUCGAUUAUCCUACUGCUUGGGAUCUGUGGAAGGGAAUCGAAGCCACCUACGGCUCCGGGAAAGAUCCCUUGCAGGAAAUCGACAGGAGGCGACCCAACCCGAUGAAAUGCCCAGAGGAUAUGACGAUUUUCACACAAAUUCAACAACAAAAUCGUCUGUAUCAAUUUCUACAAGCCAUAAACGAAGAGUUUGAUGUAGAAAAACGUGAUAUUCUCAAAACAGAUCCCCUCCCCUCCGUAGAAGAGGCAUACGCCCAAAUCAGGAGGGAGGCUACCAGGAAAGGAAUAACGAAGGGAGACGAUGGGCCUUCAUCGGGAGAUGUUCUCUCAGAUUGGUGGCCUGACAGCCAAAAGAGGGGGAAGAAGCAGCCUGGGGUCGCUAGGGCAGUGGUGGGCAAUCAAGAGACCACCAGCACCACCGCCGUCCAAGCGUCUGAAAACUUCGCCGGAAUCGCCAUGGGUAACGUCGAAGAAGAGAGCAGCGGCGUAAGAAGGAGAGGCGAAGAAGUUACGGGAUAUUCAGACGGGGAAGAUCAUUGGGCGUGGUUCUGAGCGUAAUGGCCUGUACUAUGUCGAGGAAUUUGAUCAUUAUGGAACAGCUACGCUUGCUCAUGG